CAAAUACAUUUAAUUUCAUUGUCAAUAGUUCUACUACUUCAUUGAAUUUUAAGAUUUUUCGUGAGCAACUAAUCACAUUAACUUAUAGUAAGACAGGUAGGAGGUUGUUUUCGUGCUUGCGUCAGUCGGUGCACAUGUAACGGAGAUAAAAACGAAAACGGACACUCUGCUGAGCACACCUGUCUCUCCGUUCCUCCUUCCUCCAGCUUCUUCUAGUUUUCUCUUUUCUGCUUCAGAGUCACAGACUCAGAAGUUUCCAAGAAAUUCUGCACAAUAAUUAAGCUUCUUGAGCUCAAAUUUCGUGACUUUGGUUUCUUUUGGGAUUUUGGGUUUCUUUCUUCCUUCAGUUUUUGGGGCUAAUAAGAUGUCAGCUCCAGCACCGAAAGCGUCUGAGCCGCAACCACAUCCUCCGAAGGAACAGCUUCCAGAUAUCUCUUAUUGCAUUACAAGUCCUCCUCCAUGGCCUGAGGCUAUUCUGCUUGGGUUUCAACACUACAUUGUGAUGCUUGGAACAACAGUUCUGAUUCCAUCGGCUCUUGUUCCACAAAUGGGAGGUAGAAAUGAAGAGAAGGCAAAGCUGAUUCAGACAAUACUCUUUGUAGCUGGAAUAAACACGUUGCUCCAAACAGUGUUUGGUACUAGAUUACCCGCUGUUAUUGGAGCAUCUUUUACAUUUGUCCCUGUUACAAUCUCAAUCAUGCUUUCAGGGAGAUUCAACGACAUUGCUGAUCCAGUUGAUCGAUUUACGAGGAUCAUUCGGGCAACACAAGGCGCUCUAAUUGUUGCUUCAGUUCUUCAAAUUAUCCUUGGCUUCAGUGGCCUUUGGCGUAAUGUUGUAAGGUUCUUAAGUCCUCUUUCUGCUGCUCCUCUGGUUGGAUUAGUUGGUUUUGGCCUGUACGAGCUCGGCUUUCCUGGUGUUGCUAAGUGUAUCGAGAUUGGACUCCCGGGGCUUGUUAUUCUUAUAGUUAUAUCACAGUACAUGUCACAUGCUUUAAAGGGAGGAAAACAUGUGUUUGCUCGCUAUGCUGUCAUAUUUUCAGUGGGGAUAGUGUGGCUUUAUGCUUUCUUUCUUACAAUUGGUGGUGCCUAUAAUGGUGACAAAACAAAUACUCAAAGAAGCUGUAGGACUGAUCGUUCUGGGCUCAUAAGUUCUGCUCCAUGGAUAAGAGUUCCAUGGCCAUUCCAGUGGGGAGCACCAUUGUUUGAUGCCGGGGAAGCCUUUGCCAUGAUGAUGGCUUCUUUUGUUGCUCUUGUUGAGUCAACAGGCGCUUUUAUUGCGGUCUCAAGAUAUGCUAGUGCCACAAUGCCGCCGCCUUCUGUUAUCAGCCGCGGUGUUGGUUGGCAGGGAGUUGCAAUUUUGAUUUCAGGGUUGUUUGGAACUGGCAUAGGGUCUUCAGUUUCUGUUGAGAAUGCGGGUCUACUAGCACUUACAAAAGUUGGUAGCAGGAGAGUUGUCCAAAUAUCUGCAGGCUUUAUGAUAUUCUUCUCCAUUCUUGGGAAGUUUGGGGCAGUGUUUGCAUCAAUACCUGCUCCUAUCAUUGCUGCCUUGUACUGUCUCUUCUUUGCGUAUGUAGGUGCUGGAGGACUGAGUCUGCUGCAAUUUUGCAACCUGAACAGCUUCAGGACGUUGUUUAUAUUGGGGUUCUCAAUCUUCCUAGGCUUAUCAAUUCCACAGUAUUUCAACGAGCACACAGCCAUCAAAGGCUAUGGUCCAGUUCAUACCGGAGCAAGAUGGUUCAACGACAUGGUCAAUGUUCCUUUCUCGUCCAAGGCUUUCGUGGGAGGAUGUGUGGCAUACUUGUUAGAUACGACCCUUCACAAGAAAGAUGGUUCGAUCAGGAAAGACCGAGGUAAACAUUGGUGGGACAGAUUCUGGACUUUCAAGAGUGACCCGAGAACCGAAGAGUUCUAUGCUCUUCCUUUUAAUCUCCAUAGAUACUUCCCUUCUGCCUGAAAAAACCAUACAAACCUUCACUUUAGGUUUACAUACCUUAUCCAGUUGGGUUUGUGUGUAUAUUCGGUGAGGAGAACAACGAGAUGAGUUCUUGCUUAAUGUUUCUAUGUUUAGAUGUUUUACAUUAUAGGAUGAUGCUCGUUUUGUCAAAUUUAGAACUUAUGAAAAAUGAUUGCCACAAAAAGGGAAAUUUUGUGAGUUUGGAUGGUUUAGUUCUCAAACUCGUUAACAAUCUAGUGGAUUUUAAAAAUAUUAUUUUUAUGAUAACACUACUUACAUAUAGAA